AUGCAUGCAUGCCUAGGAUCAAUUCUAGAUUUACUAACAGAAAAUGGUGUACAUCGGGACGUGGAUGGAGUCACAAUAACUUCACCAGUAUUAAUGUGGUUAGAAGCGAUCGAUCUUUGUUUUCAAAAAUUAAUGGAUUUGGUGGAUUUGUCAAAAAUAGUUGCGAUUUCAGGAUGUGCUCAACAACAUGGAACUGUUUACUGGAAUAAUGAAUACGCGGAAUGUUUCAAAAAUUUGCAAAAUGGAAAAAACCUUAUUAGUGGCCUUAAAAAAGCUUUUUCGUUAUACGAUUCACCGAUAUGGAUGGAUUCGAGUACGACUGAUGAAUGCCAAGCAAUGGAAACGAAUGUCGGAGGACCAAUGGAAUUGGCGAAAAUAACUGGGUCGAAGGCGCAUCAUCGAUUUAGUGGAAACCAAAUUAUGAAAAUUUUCCGAAAUAACCGUUCUGUUUAUAAUUCAACAGAGCGAAUAUCACUUGUGUCAAGUUUUCUUGCAUCGGUUUUAUGUGGAAAAUUAGCUGAAAUUGAUGUCGGUGAUGCUGGUGGAAUGAAUUUAAUGGAUUUGCAAUGCAAAGAAUGGAAUGAAAAAUGUUUAAAUGCAAUUAUAAAUGGAAAUAAUGAAGAUAAACAAAUAUUGAAAAAGAAAUUGGGAAAUAUUACACCUUCAAAUAGUAUUUUGGGACCAAUAUCACCAUAUUUUUUUAAAUAUGGUUUUUCUCCAAACUGCCAAAUUGUCACAUUCACUGGCGAUAACCUUUCAUCAUUAGCUGGACUUUGCCUUAGCUCUGGCCAACUUGCUAUAUCUCUCGGUACAAGCGAUACGGUAUUUUUUACGACUCAUUACUAUCUACCGCACCUCGAUGGUCAUAUUUUCCGGAAUCCAAUUAAUGAAACCGAGUUUAUGGUUAUGCUGUGUUUUAAAAAUGGUUCAUUCACUCGAGAUCGCAUACGUAAAUCGGUUGGCGCGAGUAACUGGCAAGAUUUUUCGGCAUUAAUUUCAUCAGUUCCUCCUGGAAAUAAUGGAAAUAUUGGUUUCUACUUUGACGACGAUGAAAUCCUACCAAAUAUAUCGCGCGGUGAUCAUCGUUUCAGUCGUAUGCAGUCGGUUGAGAAAUUUCCACCAGAAGUUGAAGCAAGAGCUGUAAUCGAGCACCAAUGCUUAGCUAAAAGAUUUUAUGCCGAGCAAAUCGGUUAUAAAGCUAAUGGGAGAGGAAAUAUUCUCGUCACUGGUGGUGCUUCUUGUAAUUUUUCUAUUCUUCAAAUUCUCGCUAAUGUUUUCUCAACAAAAGUCUAUACAACUGAUAACAGCGACUCAGCAGCACUAGGAGGAGCACUUCGAGCUCGUCAUGGUUAUAUUUUUUUUCUAAUCUAUCGAAAAUUAAAUCAGUCCUCAUCGAUUAACUUUCAUGAAUAG